AUGAAAAGUUCUAAUGUUACCGAUAGUCAAAAUGAAACAAUUGGUUUUUACUAUUUUAAUCCGUGUAAACCAUUUAAUAUGCCUGAAGAUCCGUAUAUAUCUGAAGGUGAUCAAUGUCAUAAUGUGUUGGCUUGUUAUCAAAUGAUUAAAAAAAACAAAUAUUUCUACUAUCCUAUGGCAAUUCAAAUGAAUUCAUCAAUUGAAACAUCAUCGAAAAUGAAAGGUGAUCUAAUUAUUAAAUAUUUUGGAGCAAGAUCCUAUUCAAAUUCAUCAAUGUAUGUUCUAUUUCAAUGUGAUCGACGUUCUCAUAAAGCAGUAUUCAAAUUUGAUUCUUAUUUGGAUCGAAUACCGUUGUUUGUAUUAACUCAUCGAUGGCAAUUUCCUGAUGGUUUGUUAUUACUUUUAUUGUUUGUUAUCUGUUUUAUUGUUGCAACAGCCGUAUUUAUUUUUUACCAAUGUCGUCGUCAUUAUCCUGAACGAAAUGUGUAUGGUGCUGUUGGACAAAUGGAUAUUCAUACAAUGCGUUCAACUUAUAAUCGUUUAACAACAGAUCAUAAUCAAAGUACAAAGCGUGUUUUGCGUUCAAAAGCAUCACUUCCUGUUUUGGAUAAUCUUAAUAUUUCAAGUCAAGAUUUUAAAAUUGUCAAAAGAUUAUGUGCUGGUGAAUUGGGUGAAGUGAAUGAAGGUCGAUGGAAUGAUAAAUUAGUGGCAAUUAAAACAUUAAGGCUUGGUGUACAUGCCGAUAAAUUUACAAAAAAUGAUACUAACUAUUUACAAAAUGAAAUUGGUAUACUAAGCCGAUUAAGAAAUAAAAAUUUAACAGCUAUAAUUGGCGUGUGUUUUGAUGAUGUCACUUAUCCAACGUUAAUUAUGCAAUUUAAUGAACAUGGAACAAUUAUAGAUUUUAUUAAACGAUUUCCAGAUAGAAUUGAUUGGUCAUUAAGAAUUAAAUGGUGUACAAAUGCUGUUGAUGCUAUGUUGUAUCUUCAUGGUCAAAAAAUUCUACACAGAAAUUUAAAAGGUUCUAAUAUAUUAGUUGGUGUUGAUUUACGAGCUCAGAUCUGUGAUUUUGGACUAAUUAAAAUAUUACAACCGUUAAGAGCUGCAUGUGAAAAUGAAUGUUGUUUGUGUACAUUAACUGCUCCAUCGUUACCUGUGUCAAUUCGAUGGACAGCUCCCGAAUGUCUUUUGGAACCACGAAAUCCGAAAAAUUUUGCUCCACCAUGUGAUGUCUAUUCUUUUGGCGUAUGUUUAUGGGAAAUGUACAAAUUAGAACAACCUUAUGCUGAUAUUAAAGAUGAGAAUGAAGCAUCUAAAAUGAUUGUGUCUGGUACACGAUUAUACUCACCUGGGCCACCAGAUUUGAUGCCACAAUACCAUGAACUAAUGCAAAUGUGUUGGGAAUUCAAUCCAAAUGAACGACCGACAUUUCAACAAAUAUCAAUAAGUUUGAGAGAAUCAUUACCAAAAGCAAAACAAUACCAACGACAAUUAGAUAAACAAAUAAAUAAUAAUGGUCAUCCAGAAGAAAUACAUCGUUUACUAAGUGCAACAGAUUCAACAUCACAAUCGACUCUUCAUUUAUCAAGUCAAAAUAAUGAAACAUUUACAGCUUUUAGUAGUUCCAUGUAG